AUCGCUUACAUUCAUAUAGGGGGAGAGCGAUUACAAUCGUGUCUGUGUUAUCAUCGGGCCGGCCCGCUAUCAGUCGACGAGGUGAGGCAGCUGGCGACAAGCCGAAUGCGCGAGAGAGCCGGUCCGGUCGUCGUCGCGAGAAGUUCUAUUUUUCUCACUGCGGAGAACAUCGUACAAGCGUCCUGAGCGCGCUGACAAGAUGGGCUGCUGGGCUUACUUCGCGCUCGGCGCGAUCCUCGUGCUCGCGGUGAACGCCGAGGAGAAACUGAGAUUGUGCGCACCAUCGUUCAUAACUCCCGAUUCGUGUAACGCCCUAGAGCGCGGAGACAGUCCGAUCAGGUGCCAACGAGUGAUCGACACAGCAGAAUGUGCUAUCCAACUCGCCGAGGGAAAGGCCGACUUUGGCGUUUUCACGGCGGACGAAGUCCUUCUCACCCACCACUUUUAUCCGACCGGAGUUCAAGUCGUUGCCGAACUGAAAAACAAAGACAAUAUGAAAGCAUAUGAGACCCUCGAGUUCCAGACCGUAGUGGUGGUACCAAAAAGUUUCACACCGACAGAAGGUGGCUUCAGUUCCCUCAUUGGAUCAGGCUUGUGCCACCCUGGAUUCAGUCAAUCGCAGAGGUGGAACGAUCGUAUUCUGAAGUACUUUGAGCAAAACGUCAUGAACAACGUUUGCCGAGCCGAGAUGACCGUAGCUGAAAACGAAAUCGCCAAUUUGAAAGAUUUCUUCAAGAAGGGUUGUCGCCCCGGCCCAUGGGUAUCCGAUAAAACAUUCAACGAGCAACUCAAGAAAAAGUAUCCGGAACUGUGCGAGUUGUGCGAUGACAAAGUUGCGUGUACGUAUUCGAAUCGCCAUCACCACGGACACGAUGGCGCCUUGGAAUGCUUGACAUCGGGUCGAGGACGAGUAGCUUAUGCUGCUCUGCACUAUGUGAAGGAAUACUUUGCGCCGAAUCAGUCAAACAGAAAGAUGUCGGACUAUCGCUACCUCUGUCAAAACGGAUCCACCGUGUCCCUCGAGACCACCCAUCCCUGCACGUGGUACAAACAACCUUGGAGCGUUAUUCUCGCACGAGAACAAGACGGUACAGCGACCAAAGUUUACCAGAGACUGGAGCAGGCGUCCCAUAUUUCUUACGGAUCUCUGACGUGGGAGCAAACUUUGAACGCGAUUUUGUUCAGAUCGGAAACUCCCAUCACCUACAACAACUACACGUCGCCGGCGCACUAUUUGUCCAGAGCCAUGGAGACGGUCGAGCUGCCGACACCCAAGUGCGACAGAAAGCUUCGAUUCUGCACAAUCGGCGACAUGGAAACGAAUAAGUGUAACUGGACGUCGGCCGCUACGCGCAUCCUCGGCAUAGCUCCGGAGGUGAACUGCGUCAAAAGUGACAAUGUCUUCCAGUGCUUCGAAAAGCUUUCGAACAAGGAAGCCGACAUCAUCAGCAUCGACUCGAACUACGGACACUUGGCGCGAAAGGCAUACGGAUUGGGACCUGUUCUCUUCUCCGAGACACUGAAAGACAGCAACAGCAUCGUGAUAGGGGUGAUCCGAGAGUCGUCACUGUCUCGGCGUAUCAAGAGUCUGUCGGAGAUCAAGGACAGUAACGUUUGCUUCCCCGAGUACGGCGGCAUAGCUUGGUUGAGCUUCCUCAAAGUGGCGCGCACGCAUCGAAUUUUGCCCGAUUCUUGCAAGUACCCGCAGAUCGUGGCGAACCUAGUGCGAGCCGCCUGCACUCCAGGAUUUAGUGAGGCCAAUCAUUUCCUGGGCAGAAAGAGGCCACAGGAAAAGCUGGACAAAUUGUGCGAAUUGUGUCCCACUCAAAGUAACGGAGAACGAUGCGAAGCCAAUUCGGACAACGCCUAUUACGGAGACAAAGGAGCCAUUGAUUGCUUGAAAGCCGGAGUUGGUGAUAUUGCUUUCAUAGAAGUUGGAAAUAUCAAGGAUUUCAUCCGCAACGGGUCCAUCAUCGAGAACGAUUACCGCGUACUAUGCAAGAACGGAACUCUGGCUCAAAAUACAGGAUUCUAUGUUGAUGAGGCUUGCGCAUUUUCAUACACCAUCGACAGCGAGGUGGUCUCAAGGCGCGAUCUCAAAGAUAAGGAUCGUCUUGACAUGACGGACGCGCUGCUGAAGAUCGACGACUGGUUGGGUUACCGAGCAGGUCCCGAGCACCGCAUCAUUCGCGUUUACGAAUCUUUUAACGGCACCGAAGAUCUUUUGUUCAAACAGUCGAGCGGAGGUCUCGUGCCAACAGACUCGGCUGUCAAGCCUGUAGAAGAAUACAGAGAGCUUUUCAAACACGUUGACGAGUGCAGCAGUGCCGCGUCGUUUAUCGCUACGAUAACGCUUGUGCUGCUCAGUUUUCUGAUGGCCAAAUUCUUCUAGAAAUUUUAAAUUGUUCAGUCCACUGCGUGACACAGUUGACGAGAAGUGAUGUAUUUUAGAAUGAGCAAAAUUUUACUGUUCCUUUUAUUAAAAUUUGUUGAAUUUUAUCGAUACUUGAUUUGCUUCAACAUGCAGUGGGUUAAAUUCUUUGGUUUUUCUAUAAUUAUAAUAACUUGUUUGUCGAACAAGUGUUGGCAGUUUAAUUCUUAUUCGCUAAAAAAUAUCCUAUACUAGUGUACAAACUUAAUUCUUAGGUCAUUUAUUUUAUAUGCUUAAUAAUUAAUCAAUAGCAUUCGAUAAUUUUAUACAUAUAAUGUAUAACGUUAUGAAAUUUAUGUUUUGGCAUUAUCAGCGAUGCUUAAUUUAGAUAUCUUAUCAAUGCCUGACGAUAGUUGUUCAUUUCGCUGAUUAUGAUUCACUUAUAAUUCUUUGAAAUUACCAAAUCGAAUGUGUAAUUGUGUGUCUUUAUGUCUCAUAUGGAUGGUUUAAUUAUGAGUUUCCGGCAUAAUACUUAUUACAAAAUUACGUCAGUGCAAAUCUAAUUAUAGCUUUUGUUGAUUAUUCAUUUUCUGUACACCUUUUUAUAAGCAUACCUCUUUGUAAAUAAAAUACAAUAAAAAAAUGUUUUGAUUUCUUCA